UUAACCUCCGCCAAAUAGGACCGAAAUAUAUCCAAUCUCUACUAUGUUUCAACAAGUGAUCAACAAAAUGUUUAAAAACAACAAUUUUAUUCCAAUACUUUUGUUCUUUGCUGUAAUAAUAUUGUUGAAAUAUCAGAACUACAUAUCAAUGACGGAAAUUAGGAAUUUAAUAAAAUGUGUUAAAUCCGGAAAAAGGGUGACAAUAUCAAAACCAAACUCGUUAGAUUCCACCAAUCAACAGGAUAAAGCAUUUGAAGAAUUGACAACAGAGUUACGUCAAGUAGGUGGCAUCGAAUAUAAAUGUCCAAAUUUAAUCAAUCGAGGAAACUGGCAUGAUUGUAAUUCCUCUCCAUUUAUAGCCAGGAAACAAUGUCUGGUGUAUUCCUUUGGAAUAAAUUACGAUUUCCGAUUUGAUGACGCUAUGGCUCGCGUAGGCUGUGAAGUUCAUUCAUUUGACCCAAGCAUGGGAAAUACAACAAAACAUAUUCGAAAAUCAGAAGUUCAUUUUCAUCCAAUUGGUAUAGGCGGGAAAUCUAAUGAUGCUAUUAUUCCGAGAAUGGAUCAGUAUACGAAAAAACAUCCAAAGAAGACGUGGAAAGUACGAACACUGCGUCAGAUAAUGGAAUCGUUAGGCCAUGAGGAUAGAAUUUUGGAUAUCUUAAAGAUAGACAUAGAGACGUAUGAAUGGGAAGUCCUUCAAAAUAUCCUGAGUGAUAAUCUUACAUCAAGAAUUCGGCAACUAGAGUUAGAGUUCCAUAUAUUCCCAAAUACUGCUGACGUAAGCAACUAUGUGGAAUUGCUACAGAUUUAUCGUUCUUUAAAAAAGGCUGGAUUUUCGCGGUACACCUGUACGGUUUACCGGUUUGACAACACAAAAAAGGUACUACAAGCAGAAUGUGGAUUGGUAAACUUUAAAUUUGAUUUCUACAAAUACCCUUUGAAACAUGUCGUAUAAAUAUUGAAUCAAUAAACAUUUUCCAAAUGUCAAUUAUUUUUUAAUGUUUUAUAAAUUUGGACAAAAAAAUAUUGAUUGUUUUCUUAAUUGAAAGUUUAUGGUUUUCAAUUUGUUCUUCAAAUUGUUUCAAUUGUAUAA